UCUCGCUCACGAGUAAUGAUAUUCAACUUCCAAACGACGCGAGUUGAACACCGAUUCCACAAUAUGGCAGAAAAAGUAAGGGUAUUGCUCGUCGGAAGCGGCGGUAUUGGUACGAUGACAGCCCUGAACUUGGAACAAGGCGGUCAUGCUGCUGUGUCGGCUGUUCUGAGAUCCAACUAUGCAGCAGUGAAGGAGAAAGGGUUCACAAUUGACUCAUGCGACCAUGGGAAACUCGACGGAUGGAGGCCCGCCGAAAUCCUUAACAAAGUUCCAGAUGUCGCCUCUGAUCCGUCCGUGAUGCCCUUCGACUACAUUAUCUGCACGACCAAAAAUAUCCCCGACGUGCCGCCUGUGUUAGUCGACAUCAUCCGACCAGCAGUUACUCCCGGCAAGUCUGUCAUUUUGCUGAUCCAGAAUGGUCUCAAUAUCGAGAAACCUCUGCACAAGGAGUUCCCGACUAACAUCGUCCUGUCGGGCGUAUCAUUCAUGGGAGCAGAUGAAUUGUCGCCGGGCCACGUUCUCGAGAACGACACCGAUCGACUUUCAGUCGGACCAUUUUUCAACCCAGCUCUCGACAUCGAAGCCCAAAUAGCUGCAGCCGAGCAUUUUGUCAAGAUAUAUUCUGCGACCGGCAAAGUCCAGUGCUCUUAUGAUCGGGAUGUGCAGUUCAUUCGCUGGAGAAAGCUGCUGUAUAAUGCCGUCUGGAACCCAAUUUGCGCCAUCACCGGGAUGGACACCACACGUCUCAGACUCGCUUCCGAAGUCGAUGACCCUGCCAGCCCGCUUAAUGUGCUUGUCCGACCGGCAAUGAAUGAGGUUCGUGCCGCCGCCAAAGCUGUAGCCGAUGUUGAAUUGCCCGAAUCACUGGUUGAAGUUAUGGUUGAUGCAGAUCCGCUGGAAAUUUGGUGUGCACCCAGCAUGAUGCAAGACACGCGGAAGAAGAGGUUUAUUGAAUACGAGUACCUUGUGGGCGAGGCGCUUAGAGCAGGCGAAGGCGCAGGGGUUGCGAUGCCAACUUUAAGAUGCAUUUAUGGUUUCUGCAAGGCAGUCCAGUGGCGUACUAAGGAGUAUAAUGGUCUUGUAGAUCCGCAGAAGUUGAUGGAGGAAAGGAAGAAGACUCAAGGCUGAAAUGAACCCGUUACACAUAUGGAAAAGGUGUGAUGGGGAAGGGAGAAAUACAGCAAAGAGUCCGGUUAGAAAUAAAGGUUAAAGCCUUUUCCAGCAACCCUAAGGCAAGACCUCUAUUCAUAAGUCUAAUCCUGUCAUCAAAGACAUACUUGAUGAUACAUAUCGUAUUCGAUGUCUCAUUCUCAAACCCCUGGACUCGAAACCAACAUAUACAUACUUAAUACUCCACCAUAGAGUAUUCUUU